AUGUCGUUUCUCGACCCCCGCAGCGCCCCGCGGCUGCCCGGCGGCUUCGAGGAGCUGCUGCAGGGGAUGGCGCGGGAGGUGCUGAGGGCGCAGCCCGACGACGUGCUGGGCUUCAUCGCCCGAUACUUCCAGGCGCUGCUGGCUGAGAGGGAGCAGAGCUCCGCCGCCCGAAGGGCCGAAGACGGGGAGAUGGGAGAGGACGAGAAGGCUGAGGCCGAGGCGCCGCGGAGCAGCGGGGCGGUGAUGGAGCACCAGCGCAGCCGUCGCGAUGAAGACCCGACGGCCGAUUUCCUGACCUCUCAAGAGGCUGCUACGAAAAUCCAGGCUGCGUUCCGGGGCUUCUGCACGCGGCGGGGGCUGCGCAGCGCCUUCUCGGAGCCCCCCCGCCCGGCCCCGGGCCCCCAGGACAGCCCGUAA